CUGGAAUUCUCGAACUUCCACCUGAACGGGUUUUUCGAGGAAUAUCAACCGCCACCGUAUGUUGGACAUUUUGUGGUUGGAAUCGAGGAUGUUCGAGAUGGAAAUUUGCGAUUUGCUGUCAGAUAUUUUUUGAGUAAUGUGAGUUUGCCGCUGAUUUUUAGAUAUUUUCAGCAUUUUCACCAGUUUCAGCACAAAAUUUCAGCCUAAAACAUGUUGUUUUUCUACAGUAACCCGGUUGAUCCAUUUUUUCGGAACUUUUGGCACAAUUUUCUUCUAGACCCAAAUUUUGAGCUGAAAAUUGUGGAAUUGCUGAUUUUCAGAGAUUUUCAGCAUUUUCACAAGUUUCAGCUCAAAAUUUCAGUCUAAAAACAUGUUUCUCUGCGUCUCUCUCUCUCUCAGAAGCGAGACGACGAGAGUAUUUCGUGGCGAGAUAUUUUCCAAUAAACUGCGUGUUCCUUUAAACAACACUACGAUUUGUGACGUCAUCAGACUCUUGUUUCUCUGCGUCUCUAUCUUUCUCUCUCCCUAAUUUUGAAAGGCUGUGACGAAAUUCAACGCAAAAAUGAGAGAUUUAGAGAAAUCUAUAGUUUGAUCCAUUUUUUUUUGAGUACUGUAAAAAAUAAAAAAAAAUUGAGCAACUUUUCGCCACGUCAUAACUAUAUUUUUGAUCUAGAAAAUCCUGAAAUCGCUGAUUUUCAGAUAUUUUCAGCAUUUUCACAGGUUUCAGCACAAAAUUUCAGCCUAAACAUGUUGUUUUCUACAGCUUUUUUGCCACGUCAUAACUAUAUUUUUGAUCUACCAGAAAAAAGUUUUGAAAAGAAUUUGUGCAAAAAAAAUUCUGAUGAGAAUUUUAAAUUUUAAAAGUUCAAAGAAUGCUCUGAAGUCACUAGGAACUAGGUAAUUUCCUAUGGAAAAUCAAAAGGUCAAAAAAAGUUCCUAGAACUUUUUUUGUACUUCAAAAUCAGAAGCAUUUUUGCACCUGCAGAUGUUUGGGCCUGAUUUUAGAUUCAGAAACAUUUUUGAGCAAGAUCUAUGAGCUCAAAAUCAAAAUCAGAUUUCAAAAAAAAUUUAAAAAAAAAAUGUUUUUUUCCAGGUCGAAAAAUCGAUAUCACUCUUCAUCGUCAAACGUGAAUGGUCGGAUCAAGACGAAAAAUAUGUGGAUGAUUUAGUCAAAACCGAAUAUCGUAGAUCACAUGAUCUUAAUCAAUCAGCAAUUGAUCGUGUUAAGUUAGUAGAUUUUCAGCAUUUUCACAAUUUUCAGCGAAAAAUUUGAGUCUAGAAGAAAAUUGUGCCAAAAGUUCCGAAAAAAUGGAUCAACCGGGUUACUGUAGAAAAAUAACAUGUUUUAGGCUGAAAUUUUGUGCUGAAAAUCAUGGAAUAGCUGAUUUCCAGAAAUUUUCAGCAUUUUUACCAAUUUCAGCACAAAAUUUCAGUCUAAAAACAUGUUUUUCUACUACAGUAAUCUGGUUGAUCCAUUUUUCGGAACUUUUUGGAACAAUUUUCUUCUAGAAUCAAAUUUUGUGCUGAAACUCGUGAAAAUGCUGAAAAUAUCUGAAAAUCAGCUAUUCCAGAACUUUAAGCGAAAAAUUUGAGUCUAGAUGAAAAUUGUGCCAAAAAUUCCGAAAAAAUGGAUCAACCUGGUUACUGUAGAAAAAAACAUGUUUUUGACUCAAAUUUUGCGCUGAAAAUCGUGGAAUCGCUGAUUUUCAGACAUUUUCAGCAUUUCCACCAGUUUCAGCACAAAAUUUCAGUCAAAAACAUGUUUUUCUACUACAGUAACCUGGUUGAUCCAUUUUUUUGGAAUUUUUGGCACAAUUUUCUUCUAGACCCAAAUUUUGCGCUGAAAAUCCUGAAAUCAAUAAUUUUUCCAGCAAACUUCCCGAUUCUGAAUGGAAAUCCGAUCGUCUCGACCAAUUAAAUCAAUGGCGAACAAUUCCAGCCAUCAACUACACAUUCUUGAUUCUCAAUGAUAAUUUGAAAUCACAAAUUGAAUCGCAAGCCAGAAUCACACCAAGAACUGCGAUUAUUCAGGAUUCAGAUGAAAAUUCAGAUGAAGCUGGAGCUGGAGGAGAUCAACAACUUUCAAACAAGCCUCCGGUUUUACACUGGACAAUUGAUCCUUUGGAAGGUGAAAUCCAAUUUAUUGUUCAAUUCCAUUUUUCAUUGGCUGGACCUGAUGACGUCACUUUUCGAGAUAUUUGCAGGUUAGUUAUCCUAACUUUUGAAAAUUUUGAGACAGGCGUUCUCUUUACCAAAAUUUUCGCAGCGGGAGAAAAGAGAGAUGUGGCCGAGAGGUUAGCAUUUUUGACUGGCGUGCAUGAGACCAGGGUUCGAAUCCUGGUGCCCGCGGAGUUUUUUGUUUUUUUUUUUAGUUAUGACGUGGCAGGGUGAAAAUUGCUGUAAAUUAGCUAUUCCACGAUUUUCAGCGCAAAAUUUGAGUCUAGAACAAAAUUGUGCCAAAAGUUCCGAAAAAAUGGAUCAACUUGGGUUACUGUAGAAAAACAACAUGUUUUAAGCUGAAAUUUUGUGCUGAAACUGGUGAAAAUCCUGAAAAUAUCUGAAAAUCAGCGAUUCCAGAAUUUUCAGCGCAAAAUUUGAGUCCAGUUCCAAAAAUUUGGAUCAACCGGGUUACUGUAGAAAAACAACAUGUUUUAGGCUGAAAUUUUGUGCUGAAAAUGCUGGAAAUGCUAAAAAUAUGUGAAAAUCAGCGAUUUCAGGAUUUUCAGCGCAAAAUUUGAGUCUUAAUGUAAAUUGUGCCAAAAGUUCCGAAAAAAUGGAUCAACUUGGGUUACUGUAGAAAAAAACCAUGUUUUAGACUGAAAUUUUGUGCUGAAACUUGUGAAAAUGCUGAAAAUUUCUGAAAAUCAGCGAUUCCACGAUUUUCAGCUCAAAAUUUCAGCCUAAAAACAUGUUUUUCAACUACAGUAACCCGGUUGAUCCAUUUUUUUGGAACUUUUUUUCAUCUAGACUCAAAUUUUGUGCUGAAAAAGGCUGAAAUGCUGAAAAUUUCUGAAAAUCAGUAACUGCCACGUCAUAACUAUAUUUAGGAGCCUUAAAAUGUUGAAAAAUAUUGAAAUUUGGUGUCUAAAAAUGGGAAAUUUCGAGGAGAAUCCCAGAAAAAAAAAAAAAAAUUUUUUUUUUGCAGAUCUCUAAAACCACACGUGGAAAGUGCCUACGAAUGGACCGAUGGCAUUCUUCUAACCAGUGAUCCAGUUCGAUUGCAUGUUCAAAGAUAUUCGGAUACUGUAAUUGAAUAUGCUGCCAGAAUUUGUGUUGAUGAGCUGGAAGGAGAUGAAGCUGAUAAACCAAUGAGAUUUGUAUGGCCAUAUUUGGCAGUUGCAUUGAAACAAACUAUACAAUCACUUGAUGAACAUCCACAUAUUCAAUAUUCCGUGAGUUUUCAGCAUUUUUCAGCGUUUUCAGCGUUUUCAGCGCAAAAUUUCAGCCUAAAAACAUUUUGAUCCAUUUUUUCGGAAUUUUUGGCACAAUUUUCUACAGUAUCUCAAAUUUCGCGCUGAAAAUCCUGGAAUCGCUGAUUUUCAGAUAUUUUCAGCAUUUUCACCAAUUUCAGCACAAAAUUUCAGCCUAAAAAUAUGUUUUUUUUUCUACAGUUUUCUACCCGGUUGAUCCAUUUUUUCGGAACUUUUGGCACAAUUUUCAUCUAGUCCCAAAUUUUGCGCUGAAAAUCCUGGAAUUGCUGAUUUUCAGAUAUUUUCGUUUCAGCACAAAAUUUCAGCCUAAAACAAAAAAAUGUUCAUUUUCUACAGUAACCUGGUUGAUCCAUUUUUUCGGAACUUUUUGGCACAAUUUUCAUCUAGUCCCAAAUUUUGCGCUGAAAAUCCUGGAAUUGCUGAUUUUCAGAUAUUUUCAGCAUUUUCACUAGUUUCAGCACAAAAUUUCAGCCUAAAACAAAAAAAUGUUCAUUUUCUACAGUAACCUGGUUGAUCCAUUUUUUCGGAAUUUUGGCACAAUUUUCAUCUAGACUCAAAUUUUGCCCUGAAAAUCCUGGAAUUAUUGAUUUUCAGAUAUUUUCAGCAUUUUCACAAGUUUCAGCACAAAAUUUCAGUCUAAAACAUGUUUUUUUUCUACAGUAACCUGGUUGAUCCAUUUUUUCGGAAUUUUUGGCACAAUUUUCUUCUAGACCCAAAUUUUGCGCUGAAAAUUCUGGAAUUUUCAGAUUUCCUUCGUUCCUUAUGGUUCAAUCUUCUUCUCAUCUCCUUCAAUCGAAGCUCGCGUCUUCGAUUCCACAGUCUUUUGUGCAACCGCUCUCAAAUACCAAAAAGUCGGUUUCAAAAUCGGCGAAAUUGUGCAUCACGUGGAUUUGGAGCAAAUUUUUCCCGAUGGAAUUUAUCCAUCAAUCGGCCGACUUUUGACAAUGCAACCGCCUUCGCCAAAAUUCUCGCGACCUGAAUCGGUGGCUGAAAAUCUUCCAGCACCACCUCCGAUUUCUUCCGAUUCGACGCCUGGCGGCCUUUCGGUUUCGCAUAAUCGAGGAAGACGAGUUUCUUUUGGUAGGCCCUUUGAAAAUGCUCAAAAUCAAUUUUUUUUUGGAAAAAAUUCAUGUGGCCUAACUUUUUCAGGUGGCCGAGAAAUGUUGGGAACUCGGCCAAUGCAACAAAAUCGCUCCAAUGUUUCGAAAAUCUUUAUUUAUUGGGGCGUGGCCGAAUUCCCGAUAUUUCUAGGCCACCCAAAUAUUCGGCCACAUAUAUUUCGUAAAUUUCAGAAAAAAUACGUGGCCUAACUUUUUUGGGUGGCCGAGAAAUGUCGGGAACUCGGCCACGCCUUCAAAAAUAAUGAUUUUCGUGACAUUAGAGCGAUUUUGUUGCUCUGGCCGAGUUCCCGACAUUUCUAGGCCACCAAAAAAUUCGGCCACGUAUAUCUUCUGAAACUAGAGUCUAGUUUCAUUUUGUGAAGCUUCAAAUUCAGAAUUUUGUGGUUUUUUAAUGGAAAUUUCACAGUAUUUAGCAUUUGAAGCUUCACAAAAUGAAACUAGACUCUAGUUUGAGAAGAAAUAUACGUGGCCGAACUAUUUUGGGGCCGAAAAAUGUCAAGAAUUCGGCCAAGGCAAUAAAAUCGCUCUAAUGUUUAGAAAAUCAUAAUUUUUGGGGGCGUGGCCGAAUUCCCAGACAUAUGUCGGCCGAACUUUUUCAGGUGGCCUAGAAAGAAUUCGGCCACGCUCAUUUUUAGCCAUUUUCAUCCAAAAUUCGAGCAUUUUUCAAAUUUUUUUUUUCAUCGAAAAAAAAAUAGCGUGCUCAAUAAAUCUUUCAGGAACCAUCAAAUUAAUGUCCGACGCUCCAGCAACAACUCCAGAAAUUCCGAUUCUUCAAGAAAAUGGCACUGGAACUGAUAAAAAAGAGACGACUGUGGGCGGGUUUAUUGAUAAUAUGGUCCAACAGGCAAUGGAUCAAUUAGCCGUGUAA